AUGGCAUCUACAAAGAAAAUCAUCGCAAUUAUCGGCGCUACCGGCACACAAGGAUCAUCAGUUGCUCGCACAUUCCUGCGCCUCCCAAAUUGGCAUGUUCGGUGUCUUACUCGCAAUCCAACUUCUGAGAAAGCCCGACAGCUCGCAGAACAGGGUAGCGAGGUAGUUGAGGCCGACCUCAACGACGAAGAAUCCCUACGUCGAGCCUUCGCCGGUGCAAAUGCCAUCUUCCUCAACACCGACUUCUGGCAACCUUAUCGCGAUGCACUCGCGUCUGGCGUCGAUGACCUGACAAGUGCCAAGCAAGGUUAUAAGGUGGAAGUCACCCACGGCGAAAAUGCAGCGAAUGUCGCUGCUACUAUUCCGACCCUGGAGAAGUUCAUUUACUCAGCUUUGGGCCCAAUGAAAAAGGCAUCGGGUGGGAAGUACUCGGAUUCACACCACUGGGAGACCAAGGCGCACAUAGUCGACUACAUUGAGACUCAGAAACCUGAAUUGGCAAAGAAGACAUCCUUCAUCUACGUUACUUGUUACAUCAGCAACCCGUUCCUGUAUCCCAAGUUCCAGCCGGAGAGCAAGCAGUUUGUUUCUGUCAUGCCUGCUAGAAAGACUAUGCGUAUGCCUAUCAUCGAUGCGGCUCGGUCGACUGGUCCGUUCGUGAGAGGUUUGGUGGAGGAUGAGGCCGCAGGGAUGAAGUUACUUGCUUACGACGAUUAUAUCUCUAUGGAAGAGUUAAUGAAGGUUUGGGCUCGGUUCCUUGGAAGGCAGGUUGAAUAUAUUCAGAUGACGGUCAAGGAGAUGAAUGAAAAGCUUGGUAUCCCGGUUGAGAUUUUGGGUGGUCCGGCAUUUGUUGAUGAGUUCGGGUACACUGCCGGACUGGAAAAUAUUGUUGAGCCUGCUCAGUUGAAGUCCCAUGUACAAGGUCAGAAGUUUGAGGAGUGGCUGAAAGGUCAGGAUGUUGCGGAAUUGCUUGAUUUGAAGGAGUCGAACAAUUGGGACGGGCUUAUACAAUAA